AUGCAGCAGCAGGAGGGGAAGGAGAAGGGGAAGGAGGAAGGGAAGGAGGAAGGGAAGGAGGAGGCAAACAGGAAGGACGGGGAGCAGCACGUUGAUGUGGAGGUGGUUGACUUAGAUAAGAAGGCGGAGGAGAAGAAGAAUCAGAGGAAGGCGCUGCUUCCUUUCGCCAUCAUCUCAGUCUCGUACCUUCUCUACACCAUGACGGACGGGUCUGUGAGGAUGAUUGUCUUGCUCUAUGCCUAUACCAAGAAGUUCACGGCGAUGGAAGUAGCAGUCAUGUUCACCCUCUAUGAGACGGCUGGAGUGGCCACGAACCUUUUAGCAGGGAUAGCAGGAGCAAGGUGGGGGAUCAAGUGGACCCUCCUCGUGGGGCUGACGCUGCAGCUGAUGGGGUUGGGGAUGCUGUUUGGGUGGCAAAACAGUUGGAGCAAGACGACGGCAAUCAUCUAUGUGACCAUCGCGCAAAUGCUCUGUGGGAUCGCCAAGGAUUUGACCAAACUCGCAGGUGGGAAAACGGUCACAAAGCUUGUGACACCGGAGGAGAAGCAGGGCUCUCUGUUCAAGCUCGUCUCCUACAUCACGGGUUGGAAGAAUUCCCUCAAGGGCGUUGGAUACUUCAUCGGUGAAAAGAUUGAGGAGGAGGAGGGUGACGGAGUAGCAGGUGUGAACGUCUUCAUGAUCUUGUGCGCGUACCCCUGGGCGAUUAUCGGUCUUGACAGUAACCUCGGGACUGCAAAGACAAAGAAUGUCACCCUGAGGGACGCACUCUUCUCUGGCAACCACAAUCUCAACUGGCUCUCGUUCGCCCGUCUCUUCCUCUUUGCAUCAAGGGACUUGUGGUUUGAAGUUCCUCUGCCGUUCUACCUCCGCGCUCCUGCUUGCUCGAGGCUGGGGCUGGCAAGGGUGACUGUGGGAGCAUUUCUGGCCAUCUACAUCAUCCUCUACGGUCAAAUGCAAGCUUACACCCCGCAGCUAGUUCUCCGCCCCCUCAAGCAGUCUCCUCCGAACAAGUGGGUAGAGGUGCUGUGGGGCUACAUCAACACUGUGCCUCCUCUCAUCAUGGCGAUGAUCACUCUGUUCGCUCCUGAGUUCCAGAAUUACGAGUACAAGCCGGUGAGGAGGAGGGAUGUUAUCUACGAUGAUUGUCGGGUUGUUGUCUUCGCACUGAUCUUUGCCAUCAACUCGUCCAUCCACUCCUACCUGGUGGUGCGCUAUGCUGAAGGCAACAAGGUGGCCACUAGCGUUGGCUUCUACUACAUGUCCAACGCUGCGGGAAGGCUCAUGGGGACCCUUGUAUCGGGAGCUCUCUACUCCUACAUCGACCCCAACGACGUGUCCAAGGGUAUCGGCGCUUGCUUCGUUGCU